GCGUGACGUCUACACUCACGUUUUGCUCAAGGCCCUCUGAUUACAGCAACUUCCCUGCUUUGAGGUCAUUUUUGAAGUAUCAACUGUUUCCCCUGUUAUGCAUGCACAUAACCUCGAAAUAAUGGUGUAGCACAUUUUUAACUAUAUCAAUUUAUCUUCAAGUCAUGUCACAAACGUCAAUGGGAUUCACGGAUCCCCAACAUCAACAACAGCAGCAAGGGGCUAAGGGUCAAGUUGGGGCACCCUACAUUCCCACGGAGGAGGAGAAGAGAGUGUUUCGGGAAUGCAACCAAGAGAGCUUCUGGUACAGAUCCCUUCCAUUAACUGCUGUGGCAGUGUCUGUAGCUCAAGCACUCGUUAUGAAAGGAGUCCUUGCACCCUCACCACGAUUUGGUUCCCUGCCUAAAGUAGCUAUUGCUGGUCUGUUUGGGUACAUUGGCGGGAAGAUCUCCUACACAAAGAUAUGUCAGGAGAAGUUCAAAAAUCUGGAGAAUUCCCCAUUGGGUGACGCCCUAAGACAAGGACAACGUCAUAUUCCUCAACAGUUUGCUCCUCAGAACCAGUCAGAGUUGGGAGAUCCUAACCAGGCUUAUUUUGAACAAGCCUCCCAGUCAGUGGCGGAACCUCGCGCUCAAGCAGACUCAUUCAGCUACCCUAGUGACUUCUCCUAUAGUGAUCAGGCUGCUCUUUUGAGCCCUCCCAUCAGUGAGUCUGGCCCCACAGGAGCUGCAGCUGAUGUUAACCAACCAGUCCCUCCUUACUUGGAUGAUGAGACUCCCAAAAAGAGACCAAUCCUGUACGAGGACCUACGAAGCAGAAACCGAGAGAACUACGAGGUUACCCUGACCCAAAAGGCAGACGCUUUGCUCAAGUCCCCGGCUGAAACACCUGUUCUGAAGAGAGAUGUGAAAAAGAACCAAUAUGGAGAUGCAUGGGACGAGUGAAGAGUGUGCUUCAGGAGCCGGUGAUCAGCUGCAGGACAAGGAGAAGAGGGCACAUGUAGUAUACACAAGACCUCUGCUAUUUCUGCAAUCAUGCCAUAGAAAUCUGAAGAACAGAUACAGUACGUUCCCAAAGUGAUCAAUGUCAAAUCAUAUAUUGUCAAAAGGUUAACAUGAAUAGCAGCUUUCUAGAAUUGUCCAAUUCAAUUGAAUACAGCCAACAAGCUUACCAAUAGCCUGUGUUUCAGUGGAGGCUUCUGAGGGGAGGGUGGCUCAUAAUAAUGGCUGGAAUGGAGUCAAUGGAAUGGAAUGGAAUCAAACACAAACACGUGGUUGAUACCACUCCAUUCCAGCCAUUAUUAUGAGCAAUCCUCCCCUCAGCAGCCUCCACUGCUAUGUUUCCACCCUAUAAUUUUAGCUAUAUAACUGGGUCUUAUUCAAAUGUAAAUGUUCAGUAUUACCAGUGAGCUCAUACUAUUUUGAAGGUUUAUCUGUAAAUCCUAAAUGAAUAUAAUAGAUUUUCUAAGUAAGUGAAUAUGUCCAUUCUUUGGUGUUAUCUGGACAGUAUCUGGAGUCAGGUUAUUGUGUUGAGGGUGGCAGAGAUCACAGAUUAUAAUGCUAUGUGAUGAAAAAGCAGAAUGUUUAGGGCCUCUUUGAAGGCCAUUUUAGCACAGGUGGACAUCUAAUGGUCUAGCUUGGCAGGGUGUUCUUGUCUCGGUAAUAAUGGAUGGGUCCCCUUACUAGUUUUUUCACAGCGGUGUCAAAAGUAACAAAACAAAGGAUGUGUUGACUGAGAUGCCCUCCAGGACCAGGCUUGCCCAGCUCUCUAGGCUGUUGACUUUUCAGCAAGGUGUGGCGCAGACAUAAAAAAUAGAACUGUGUAACGCACAUCUCUUUCCUUCCGCUUAUGUUUUGUCAAACAAUUGUGUUGAUUAUUAAAUCAUACCCAAAUUGGUUUGGGUAUGCCGGCUGUA